GACUGUUCAGUCGUCGACUCGUCGCCGUCGAUAAACGGAAUCCAAAACGUUUACAAAGAUUUCUGUUGUGUUUGCAUAAAACAGAAUGGGUUUCCGGCGCUUUCUCAUAGAGGUGUCGAGGCAUCACUCACAAUGUAGGCCAAUUAGAAACAUAUAUUCAUGUUCUUAUCACACAUCACUGAAAUUUGGAGGCAAUGGAGGCUUAAAUUACCCUAUCAAGAACACAACAUUCAACAAUCCAACAUGCUCAAUGAUGUUGUCAAGGGCAUUAUACUCUUCAGAUGCAAGCACAAUUGAAGUUAGUCCCACAGAUGCUGCUAAAGAAUUGUAUGAUAAAUUGCUCAAAUCUGUAAAAGAGCAAAGAACUGCACCUCCCAACAAUUUGUUAUGGAGCCUCAUAGAAAAAAGUGCCAAUCGUGAAGACAUCAAACUUUUAUUCAACAUAUUGGAGAACCUUCGAAAAUUCAGACUAUCAAAUCUUCGAAUUUUUGAGAAUUUUAAUGAUAAUCUUUGUCGGGAAGUAUCAAAGGCAUGUGUAAGAGUAGAGGCUAUUGAUCUUGGAAAGAAGACAUUGUGGAAACACAAUGUGUACGGAUUAACUCCUAGUGUUGCAUCUGCUCACAGUUUACUGUUGUAUGCUAAAGAACACAAAGAUGUUGAUCUUAUGGUGGAUGUAAUGAAACUUUUGAAAGCAAAUGAUGUCCCACUGCAACCUGGAACAGCAGAUAUCGUCUUUAGCAUUUGCUAUGAAACAGAUAGCUGGGAGUUGAUGUGUAAGUAUGCAAAAAGAUUUGUGAAGGCUGGAGUGAAAUUGAGGCGAACUUCAUUUGAUACUUGGAUGACGUAUGCUGCCAAACUAGGAGAUAUUGAUAAUUUGUGGAAAAUUGAGAAACUGAGAUCUGGAUUGAUGAAAACACAUACAAUUGGAAGUGGAUUUUCAUGUGCAAAGGGGUUUUUACUUGAACAUAAACCAGAAGAAGCAGCUGUGAUAAUUCAAGUCGUCACCCAGACAUUACCGGAGGCAAAAAGGCCAGAUAUAAUGGCGGAACUUGAGAAGAUGGUUAGCGAGUGGCCUUUGGAGGUCAUAAAGAGUUGGAAAGAUGAGGACAAAAUGGCCUUGGCUGCUGGUUUGCAAAGCUGAUAUCCCUGUGAUGAUUGAUAGUCUUUCGAGGUUGGGUGUGAAGACGAAUGUAAAAGUGGAUGAUUUGACCAAAAUAGCCUUUUGAGAGUUAGAAAUUUGAUGUUUUUAAGGUAAACAUUGACCGUUGUACAAGUUAAAGUUGACUUUUUUCGUGCACACUCAAAACUUGAUUGUGUGUUUUGACAAUUUAAAAAGAGUAGCAAUUGUAACAAUUGAUAAUUGCUAGAUAAAAUAGA